UUAACCCAACAGGUCUGGCAGACUCUUCUGAACCCCCAGCAGGUUGUGGACAGACUCUGAGACUGACCCACAGAGACAGCAGAAGCCCACAUGAGCAGCUGCUGAGGGGUUAUUUACAGACACAGAGGAAUGCGGGUCUGGCAUCAGUGUGUGUGUGUGUGUGUGUCAUGACCAUCUCUUUCACCAGAGAAAACCAGCAAACACACAUCACAGUAUGCUUGUUAGAUGUUGAACAGUAUAAUGAGUACAGCUGGGUGAAGGGCCCUCCGCCAGGUUUUCUCCAGGAUCAUCAAGGGGGCGUCCCAAUCCAUCAACUCAAACUGGAGAUGAUCAGGAACAGCAGGAUUUAGUCAUUUAGUGAACUUUUAAAGCUAGUGAAGAAGAAAUGCAGAGAAUCUCCUCAGCUAGAGUUGAUCAAGUCAGUCUUUGGGUCUCCAUGAUGGAAGCAGAAGCAGAAGCUCCAGAGCUGGACAUCGACGGCCUUCAGCAGAACCAGACCCCAGGAGAACCCGAGAUUCCCAAACGCAGCGAUGUCAAAGUGUACAAGGAGUUCUGCGACUUCUACGUGCGCUACAACAUGACGAACGCGCUGGCGAACGCAGUGUGUGAGCGCUGUAAGAGCAGCUUCAGUCCCACAGAGAAGAUGGUGAACAGUAAUGGAGAGCUGUUCCACGAGCAGUGCUUCACCUGCGCACAGUGCUUCCAGCAGUUCCUCCAGGGGCUCUUCUAUGAGUUUGAGGGCAGGAAGUACUGUGAGCACGACUUCCAGAUGCUGUUCGCCCCCUGCUGCCGUCAGUGUGGUGAGUUUGUGGUGGGUCGGGUCAUCAAGGCCAUGAACAGCAGCUGGCACCCGGACUGCUUCUGCUGUGAGGUGUGUGAGGCGGUGCUGGCUGACGUGGGCUUCGUGAAGAGCGGCGGCCGACCCCUGUGCCGCUCCUGCCACAGCCGUCAGAAGGCUCUCUCUCUGGGCAAACACAUCUGCCAGAAGUGCCUGUGUGUGGUGGAGGAGCCGCUGAUGUACAGGAGCGACCCGUACCACCCCGACCACUUCAGCUGCUGCCACUGCGGGAAGGAGCUGACAGCAGAUGCGCGUGAGCUGAAGGGCGAGCUCUACUGUCUGCCCUGCCAUGAUAAGCUGGGCGUCCCCAUCUGUGGAGCCUGCAGGAGACCAGUGGAGGGACGAGUGGUCAACGCCAUGGGGAAACAGUGGCACGUGGAGCACUUUGUGUGUGUAAAGUGUGAGAAGCCGUUCCUUGGCCAUCGGCAUUACGAGCGUAAGGGACUGGCGUACUGCGAGACUCACUAUAACCAGCUCUUCGGGGACGUCUGCUUCCAGUGUAACCGUGUGAUCGAGGGUGAUGUGGUGUCUGCGCUCAACAAGGCCUGGUGUGUCCGCUGCUUCAGCUGCUCCACCUGCACCUCCAGGCUCACUCUCAGAGAUAAGUUUGUGGAGAUCGACCUGAAGCCCGUCUGUAAACACUGCUACGAGCGAAUGCCAGACGAGCUGAAGAGACGCCUGAGCCGAGAACAGGAGUCCAGAGACAAGAGGAAGAGGAAGCCCAUGUGUCUGUGAGGACACGGAAACUCUGAGUAAUCCAGCAGUGUACUGUACUGAUGACUGAAGCCCAGCGAUGAGCAUGUACUGUGUGUGUGUGUGUGUGUGUGUGUGUCUAAUCUCCUUCAUCCAGCACAGAAUAAAGCAGUGUAAAGCA